AAUCACCUUCGUAUUUGCUCAGACAGGAAAUUACGUAGUUGCUUACAGUCAUUUUAAAAAUGCACCGUGCUACUAGUUUCGAGGAGGAGACAUGAAUGUGGAUGUCACUGUUCUCCAGUCUGUUAGUUUAAAAUAUUUUUACUUCAUUGAUUUUUUAGUAUUAAACGCUAUACAAAUAGGCUGUUAUUAGCUAUUUCACCCGGACAUCCCAUCCCGCCCCGUUUAAACUGUCUUGUGUACGCUGACAUUUUUUUUCUUUUUUCAUUCCCCUUUCAAUUCGUUUUUUCCCCCGCUGAGAGACCGUGUAGGGUAGCUACCGUUAGGCCUAUCCCAAAAAGAGAAGACACUGUGCAGACCUUCAGAUUCAUAGCUAUAUGAACAUCCUAUCAGAACGCUGCUGAAACGGAGUCCUGAGCGGGUAGCUAAAACUGGCUGCAGCCCACCUCUACCGUGGCUUGAGAAAGUUUCUAUUCGUGGAUGUGUUGCCUUUCAUUUUAACUGCGGGUUGCGCCGUCUUCCAAUUGCUUUAUACGUGGCUAAUCAGGGAAGCACCUCCCCGUGCGCCUUACUGACAGAUCUGGAAUUCAUUGCCACUGCAUAUGUACAAUGUGCAUUUUUGGUUGAACGCGGUCCUAUAACUGGGGAGGGUACUCCGGCUUGUCCAAGGGGCCCCCUCCUCCAUCUUCUGUUCCAUCUACGCCUGCUGCUUCAGCGUCGGAUUGAGAAUCAUGCCGAAGCACUCGGAAGGAUACUCGGUUCCUUCGUGGAGCUUUGUGGCUGGUUUGUGACUGGAUGUGCGGCGAUUACCUAUUUGCAUACUCUUGUAGACCACAAAUAAGAAUUAAUAUCGUAAUUCAAAUUUGCGUUGAACAAAAAAGGAUUACAUAAUAUUCAUUCAAUGUUUGAUCAGGCCACGAGUAUGGGCGAUGUUGUCGCCGAGGACAGAAACCACCACUGUGGAUCCAACUCUCACUGUCGCGAUCGGGCGAAAGACAAAUGUCGCACCGAACUUGGAAAUCGGUCUCCAGCGCAGAGCACCAUCGACACCCCUGGGACAUCUGCAUCCACUCCGACCUCUUCCAGUGAAGACGGGCAUGACAAACUUUUAGGAGUGGACCCCGACUACUGCAGAAGAAUACUAGUAAGGGAUGCCAAGGGGACAAUCCGGGAGAUCGUUCUGCCAAAGGGUCUUGACCUCGACCGACCAAAACGUACACGUACCUCUUUUACUGCGGAGCAGCUGUACCGUCUUGAGCUGGAGUUCCAGCGGUGUCAGUACGUGGUUGGACGGGAACGCACAGAACUGGCGAGACAACUCAACCUUUCGGAGACCCAGGUUAAGGUCUGGUUCCAGAACCGCCGCACCAAGCAGAAGAAGGACCAGACCAAGGACACGGACAAGCGCGCCUCGUCCACCUCCGAGUCCCUGGCCACCUGCAACAUCCUGCGGCUGCUGGAGCAGGGCAGGCUCCUGUCGGUCCCCGUGCCCCCCAACCCGCUCCUGGCCCCCCGCGCGGGGAACGGCUCCAUCCUGGCCAACCCCAGCGGCUCCUCCCCCGGCGUGAGCAGCACGCCGCCCGGCGGGGGCGGGGGCGGGGCCUUCGGGCUCUCGCUGCCCCCCCUGGGAACCCCGCCCUCGCCCCGCCUGGCCGCGCCCCCUCUCUGCUUCUCCAUGCCGCUGCUGGGCGGCAGCCAGGACCUGCCCUCGGGGUACGGGUGCGGCUCCUCGGCCUUCGAGCCGUACUCACGGAUUGAGAGGAAGGAGGCGGAACUGAACGCAAAGAAGAGCGCGUCCUAAGGAGCCACGCCCACCUCCCCCAAACCCCGCCCCCGGCCCGCCCCUCCACCUGCUGCCUGUGUUGCUGAGAGGGAGGGGGGAGAGCCAGGAGGGAGGAGUGCUGGACUGUGGUCCUGCUUGCCCCACCCUGACCCAGCCACACACACACACACACUCACACACCUACAAACACGCACACUCAAAUACACACUCACACGCACACACACGUACGGACGCACGGACGCUCGCGCAUACAUGUGCGCACACGUGCACGCACACACACAUGCGUACGCACACACGCACUCGGUACAUAUGGACAGGCACUCACAGGUGCACACGCACGCAUACACACACACAGGGUCCAGAACACGAGGUGUUACUGGGGAAGCUGCAGAACAGCCUGCUGUCUGUUUUUGAAGUGAUGUCUGUAUGUGUUGUGAGGAAGGUGGUUUGGUGUGUUUUUUUUUUUCAUUUUGUUUCUUAAGAAACUCAUUCCUCAACAUUCUUUGAAAUAGUCUUCACUCUGCCUGUGCCCGUGGUUGGUGUUUUCCUUUUCUCGGCUGUCUUUUUCAUCUUUCUGAAUCUCUGCAAAGCUAGGAUGCAGGGCUCAAAGACCUCUCAGAGGAAGAGAAUUGUCUGUAUCUCAGUGAUAGCCUCGCAUUAAUAACCUUAUUGUUCUUACGCUAUACAAUGGCGCUGAACCCAGGUAUCAUAAAGUAAUGGCAGAGAAGAGGAAACUAAGUCCUUCAUAAGAACACAUUAUUCCCAGGGUACACGCUGACCUGGAGCAAAAACUGCAGUCUUUCCCUCUGCUAAGUUUGUCUGUUUGUUUUUGUGUGUGUGUUUGUGUGCGUGUGUGUGCAAGUGCGUGUGUGUGCGUACUUGCAUGCGUGUUUGUGUCUUUGUUGUUGUUGUAGUAUCAUAACCCAUAAAAUGUCACUGAAAAUCAGGGUACACGAGUAAUGACCACCAGGACUUCAUUACCCAGGUUUCCUUGUGCUUAUGUGGAGCUAUCUCCUCACUGAAAGGCAGUUCUGUAUGGGGGAGGGGGGUGGAAUAUUUCCGAUUAAUCGGGAAAUACAGAUUUUUCCGACAGUUAAAUGUCUAUGGUUCCACUUUUGUUAGGGUUUAUUGCUGAACCUUCUGUCCUGCUAUCAGCGGACAGAGUACAGAAAGGUUGUGAUACUCGUGACGUGAUACCCACGUGCCCCACCUCUGGCUGAGACGUGUGCGUUUUGAAGAUCCUGAUUAAUCGGGAAAAUCAAACCCCUGAACCUUUGACUCCCCUGUCCUUCCGCCAUCGUGUAAGAAAGGACUGAUAUUCCUGCUGGCCCAGACACACACCGCUAAAACAUCAGGUCAACAUUGUGCCCCUUUCAAAACCCGUCCCCAAAUGACCAUGACAGCCUAUAAUGUUGGCCAUUCUGCAUUUUUGUCUCUGUAUACUAGUAGUUUUUGGUCUGUAUUUAGCACAUUGAAACCAAUGGCAGCAUUUCCGUGCACUUUGUCAGUUGCGUACUGUAUUUGGUCCGUCAUUUCAUUGCGAGUCACAAAGCUGCUCUUUGCUUUGGCACAUGCCGUGCAUAUACUCCGAAAAUCCGGCAAUUCAAUUUUGUCCCCUGUAGGGGACACGAGUCUCUGGUCUUAAUUUCAAGAACCAUAUUUUUUACUAUUCUGAAGCCUACACAGUACAAGGGACACUCAAUAGUAUAAAUAAUAUUUUUGAAAAUAUUUUCACUGCAACAUGUUUUUGUCAUCCAAGACAGUUGUAUUGUGUCCCAAAAAAUGUAUAUACUUUUUUUUCUGCCGGUUCUCAGGAGGAUAUGCUGUCACAUCACUUCUGAUCACAACACACUCACAACGUGCCACAUUGUGAUACAGGGCAGUAUCAUGAUUCUUGUCGUGAUACUGAUUCUCGUCAUGAUCCUGCUCUGCCUUUCUUACUACUAUUCCUAAAUCAAGGUUUUUCUAAAAAAAAAAAAAUGUUCUUUUUGAUGAAUAUUUGUGAUUGUUGUUCUGAAUGGAAGGUAGUAUUUCUUGGUGUCCAACUUCUCCGUUGUGUUUGACCUGAAAUCUUCGACGCUCACAAACUAAUUUCCGUACUACAGCAUGGCAACUCUUCCGCGUGUCAGACACAUUUAAAGCCCACUCUCUCUCUUCUUUCUACUGUCAUUAAUGCACUUUACUGUCAUUUAUUAUUUUUUCACUCUGCAGUAUUAAAAUGUGCUGGGUUCUACUCGGAAAGGAGCCAAGAGUAAAGGAUCUUUCCCUUCCUUUUCCACUCCCAAUCAUAAGAAAAAGCAGUUUAAAAGCCAGUGAUGGCUUUUUAUUUUAGGUUAGUGGUUGAAGCAUCUCCAGAACGAUGGGAGAGUCUCAUCCCGAGUGGUAGUUUACAGCUCCUCUCCCAUUGGCUGAAGGAAAAAAUAAAAAAAGUGAAUAAGAGAAAAGGUCUGAUUAAUGCACUUUUUAACCUGAAUCUCAGUGUGAGAAGAGGCUGAGCGCCGUCAGUGAGACUGCAGAGCCGCUCUGAGCUGGCUCCUUUUGGGUUCGGCUUGGUGGUUUAUGUCCUGUGCGUUCGCUUGUUCUGUUUGUGCUGUCCGUCCGGUUGCUUUACCCCCAUGUUCUUUGGUGUCCCGUUCUGCAAAGUGUUGGGGUUAUACUGACAGGAGUAUGACUUUCAGUGACAUCAAAGACAUCAGUGUCUUCUCUGCAUUUCAGCUUACCCCCCACCCCCACCACCCCCACCCCAC